AUGACACUCCAAACCUCCUCCAAACGACUCCUAAACCUGAAUCUUGGCUCUCUUCUUCUCCGCAAGCAACACAUCCCCCGCCGAACAAAUCUCCUUCGAAUUUCACAGCUCAAUACAAGACUACUCAGCAACUCAAGACCCCUCAAAAUGUCAAACGACGACGAUUACAUGUCCUUCCUGAACAAGGCCAACCAGGACACUGGUGCUGGUGCCUCAACUCAGGAGAAGACAGCCUUCAAGGCCAAGGACCACGGCGUUGAGGUGCCCAAGGCUAUCGCCGAGGUAUGCAAGAAUGCCGUCUACACCUCAGACGCAGACGAGCCAUUCGAAGAGGUGUCUCUCAAGUGGCAGGGCAGCAACGGUCUACCUAGCGAGACUGAAUUCGCCAAGCUCAUCAAUCACUCCUCCCCCGACUCAGCAGACAUCGACAUCCUCGACCCUCUCACCUGGGACUCUGAUGGCAAGUACACCGACGUCAUCGACGCUGUUCGCGAAGCUUCCCAAGGAAACGACGUGCGCGUAUAUCAGGUAUCUAGGGAUAAAACGAGGACCGAAUAUUGGGUUGUGUCUCACUUUGAUGGGAAGCUUAUUGGUGCCAAGGCUCUCUCUGUUGAGAGCUGA